AUGAGUGAGCAGCAACCCCCUGUCGCGCAGUCUGAAGACGCGAUGCCUGCCGAUCUCUCUACCUUCCACAUUGCCGAUCUCAUCAAGACGCCGCACAAUGCGCGUCUGUACAAAGAAGUGCAGAACCUCAAGAAGCUCAUCAACGAGCUUGUAGACUACCAGCUUGCCCAUCCAAAGAACCCGAAGCCAGGUUCACGUGAGGACAUUGAUAAGGAGAAGAAGGCCACGCAAGAGAUCGAGAGGAGGGAGAAGUACAUUCGCGCGCAACUGUCCAUCGUCAAGACUUUGUACCGGCAGAGCGUACUCAAAGUGCGCGAGGAAAAGGCGAAGACUUCCGAUGACAGGGCUGUGAAUGACGCGCUUAUCUUGGGUCUCCAUAAUCUUAAGUACGAGGAGCAGUCGCUGCGGUCCGAGAUUUCUGCUGCCGAGAACUACGAUCACAAAUACAUGAAGCUGCCGCUCAUCUCCCGCGAAGAGUUUCUCGAACAGUUCCCCGAGCACAAAGAUUCGACCGACCACGACCUCAUGACUGCGCGCAUCGAGCACGAACACCAAGUCCGUCUUAAGCUUGAAGAGCGGCGACAGGAGAAGCUCAAGCAGAAGCAGAAGCUUAUUGCAGAGGUCAAGAAGGGCAAGGACGAUCUCACCAAGCUGGAUACCAUGGUCGAAAAGUUUAUUGAGGCUGCAGAACCAAUCAAGAAAGUGCUGGCCACAGAUGGAACUACGCUUAUACUUGUACCUAGAGACGUCAACAUCGUAGAGAAGGACAAGUUCGAAACGAAGGCUCGAACACAGUAA